AACAACAAACCAAAAAAACUGGAAGUGGAAGAGUGGCCAAACCAAACCAAUCAACGUGACUGCGUCACUUCUCUUCUUUCUCUGUUUCCCUAUUUCAGUUUCAGAUCCAAACUCAUUUCUCUGCCAAGUAACCCAAAAUGGAAAUCGCUAGCAUUCCCGCCGACACCUACACUCUCGGUUUCAUCGGCGCCGGAAAAAUGGCCGAGUCCAUUGCCCGCGGUGCCGUUCGCUCCGGUGUUCUGCCGCCUUCUCGCAUUCGCACCGCUGUACACUCCAAUCCCGCGCGCCGCACAGCGUUCGAAUCAUUCGGCGUCACCGUCCUCUCAUCGAACGACGACGUCGUGCGCGAAAGCAACGUCGUCGUUCUAUCGGUCAAACCUCAAUUAGUGAAAGACGUGGUGUCGAAAUUGAAGCCGAUAAUCACGAAGGACAAGCUUUUGGUUUCGGUGGCUGCUGGCGUCAAGUUGAAAGAUCUUCAGGAAUGGGCAGGGAGUCACAGAUUUGUAAGGGUGAUGCCUAAUACACCUGCUGCAGUUGGCGAGGCAGCAUCAGUUAUGAGCUUGGGGGCAGCUGCAACAGAGGAAGAUGGAAAUAUUAUAGCUAAAUUGUUUGGGUCGAUCGGCAAAAUAUGGAGAGCUGAAGAAAAAUAUUUUGAUGGAAUAACUGGCCUGAGUGGUAGUGGUCCUGCGUACAUUUAUUUAGCAAUAGAAGCUUUGGCUGAUGGAGGAGUAGCAGCUGGUCUACCACGUGAUCUUUCAUUAAAUCUAGCUUCUCAAACUGUAUUGGGGGCAGCAUCAAUGGUGACACAGACUGGGAAGCACCCGGGCCAACUCAAGGAUGACGUUACUUCUCCCGGUGGGACAACAAUUGCGGGCAUUCAUGAAUUAGAAAAUGGUGGGUUCCGUGGAACACUGAUGAAUGCUGUUGUUGCUGCUGCUAAGCGCAGCCGAGAGCUUUCUUGAGUUUAGAGAUUAGUAUUUACCUUUUUAAGAUAAAAUCAGAUUUUGGCAGAAUUUUCAGUUUAUUUGAACUUUGGCGUAGGAGUUAUUUAGUUCGGGCUAGCAUCAUGUAUGUUUAUGUCUGUUUGAUGUUAAAAGUAUAAAUAAAACACUUGGCCUCGAAGAUAAGAGUUGCAUUCUUCUGGA